AUGACAACUAAGAAAUUCUCCCAGCUCGGCGUGUGCUCCUGGAUCAACCAACAGCUCGAAACUAUGCAAAUUAAAACUGCGACGCCGGUUCAGGCGGCUUGUAUUCCAAAAAUUCUCGAAGGAAGCGAGGAACCGGAGCCGGUCCCGGAGCAUGAAAUUCUUACUGUUGUAAUUAACAAGACAUCCAGUCAACAUUUUGGAUGCCAUAUUACAAUCUCAAAUGGCAUCGCCAAGGUUCUUUCGGUUAUUCCAGGAUCGCCGGUAGAUGAAGCUCUUUAUGCUGGUGACAUAAACUUAUCGAUCGAUGGAAUAAAUAUUUAUAAUUAUGGAGGUUUAAGAGAUUUCAAGAAUCGAGGAAACAUCACUUUGAAGGUCCAACGCACAAUUGAAAAACAAUAA